GUUUCGGAGCCUACGUGUUCUUCGGCGCCGAGCAGGACGCCGAGAUGGAGGCGAAUCUCAUCAGGAACGAGACCUCGCGCCUGGAGCUGGAGACGACGCUCAACAAUAAGCCAGUGAUCAAGAAUCGACCGAAGCUUCCGAAGAAACAGCUCGAGAAGACGAUGUACCUAGAGGUGGAGAAAUCCAUCGAGAGGCGGGAGCAAGUCCAUCAUGUGAAACUACCGAGCUGGCCAACCCUGGAGAAGCUAGACGACUGGAUCCUCAUGAGUGUGAAGCAGAGCUCCUCCAAGGGCUUCGGUAUUCUGGACAUCGGCGCGACCUCCAGCAUCAUGGGCAUCGAGGCUGCCGAGAACCUACGCGAUAUCAUCUAUGAGCAGACGGGCAAAAACAUCAAGAUGGACGUUAGCCAGAAGAGUACCUUUAUCUUUGGAGAUGGCAACGCCAAGACCUGCACCGGCAAGGCAACCUUUCCUCUGAUGAUCGCCGGUGUGGACGGCGAGCUCGAGAUAAACAUCCUCGACGCAGAUGCCCCGCUCUUGAUCGGAGUGGAUGUUUUGAGCCGCCUAGGAGCUGUGAUCGACUGCGAGGCACAUUCUGUCUACUUCAAGAAGCUCGGGCGCCGAGCUGAACUGCUCGUCCUUCCGAGCGGCCUCAGGUACAUCAUUAUCAUUUACGAGUACGGGGGCACCAUCACCAAUUACGCCUACCGCAACAUCAUCAUCAUUUACAAGUACGGGGACAUCAUCAAUUACGUCGGGGACAUCAUCACUUACGUCGGGGACAUCAUCACUUACGUCAGGGACAUCAUCCGUAUCAGCCCCGGCUCCAUCACCUACGGCAUUAUCGGAGUUAUCUCCAGAGUCCUGAGCUCCGACAACAUCCAGUUGGUCCUACAUAUUCGCAUGAGCCUCAACCGCGAGGCGAAAUGUCGCAAAGCCGAGAGCCAGCAGAUCAAGCUGGAGAACGAGGAGAUGGAUGGCCCAUGGGAGCAGGUGGAUGUUCGGGCCCUGCUACUGGACUCGGGAUCAUCGGCGGCGACCUCCACGUCGACGCCGGCACGGCCUACACUACAACGGAUGCAGCCGCAGGGGCGACUGAUCGCUCAUCAGGACGUGAGGGGCCACAUCUUCUACACGAUCGAGGGCUCGGAGCAGGACAACAGCAUGAAGCGGAUGACGGACACCUUCCUGCAGGAGCACCUACCGAACUGGGAGAUGUGGUCCAGCAAGCUCCUCCAGCAGUGGACGCAGUGCCGUCGCUGGGGACGAAUCAUCCAGAAGGUCUUCAUCAAGACGAUCGACCGUGUGAACUGGAAGCUGGACAGCCUCGGACUACCUGUGCAGUUGCUACCCGAGAGGUACCCGACCUGGCCGGCGGACAUCGAGCAUCGUGCGAAGAUCGAGCCGUGCCAGCCGUGCACGGAGCCGAAGCAGCGCCCCCUGUCCCAGAAGUCAGCAGCCUCAGCAGCCGCGCGCGAGCAGAAUCAAGAGCUGCGAGCCACCAUCGAGACCGCAAAGUCAGAUUUCUUGACCAAGUUUGCGGAGGUGGAUGCGUUUGCAGCGCUGAGCUCGGAGCAGAUCCACGAGCAGCUCAGCAUGGUCACGUUGGUCAACCAUCUCAAGCCGCUGUGCAAGAUGUGGGGACUGACCCAGACUGGCAAGAAGGAGGAGGUGAUCGACAAGAUCAUCGCGUACAUCAUCGAGCAGCGCGGCACGGCGGCAGCGACUAUCCAGAUCAAGAAGGAGACGGAGACCAAGAAGAUAGAGACGACGGCAAUGCCCGUGGGCCCGGCGAUCUCAGCUCACUACACUCAGAUGUGCCAGCACCCGGACUGCAAGCUACGCCGAUGCAUCGCCAAGAACGAGCCGAUCGUGAAGAUGAGGCUCUACGGUUGGUGCCACCAGGCGUGUGCGGUCAGGACGAAGGCCUGA